AUGACCGGUGGGUUCGGUCUCCCUCCGAUUGGGGCAGCCAUGGAUCAGAGUAGGUGGACGAUGGAAUCGUUCUCGAGCUCGCGGAUGGUGGACGGUGUCACGGCGAACUACAACAAGGUACUCAGGUUCCUACUCUACCUCCCCAGGGCCGGCGCCGAUGGUGUGGCGGUCUUCAGUGGGGGGGGCAUGGAGGACCACCUGUUGCAGUUCGACCUAGAGAAGGUGCUCAGGAUGUCAUCUGCCGCAUCGAAUCCUUUUGUUUCCACUAGCAAACCCAUGAACCUAAAGAGGAAUUCUAGUGAUAUUCGGUGCAAGUAUGGAGUCAUUCACAACUACAUGCUGGGCUGCUAA